GUGUGUGUGUGGAGGGGAGGGGUGCAGCCCACAGGGGGAUGUGUAAAAAGAGGAACUAGGCUGAGGCCCAUGGGUCAUGCGGCCUCAGAGGACCGGAAAGGGGCCCCUUCCACCCCAUCAGCAUAGGGGGUGGGGUUCAAAGCCAGACCAACCUCAGAGGACACCAGAGGCAGCCUUGUCUCCUUCCCCCUUUGCAUGCCUUUGGCGCUGGGCUCUUGAGGGCUGGGGUCUUCCAGUGCCUGGGGGAGCAGAAAGGGUGACUGGCCGAGGUGGACCAGGAGGUGCGCGCUCCGUGAUCCCUGCCCGCUGGUUUCCUCCCGGGUCAGCACCGCUUCUUAUCAGCUGCGGCCAGGCAGCCAGACCCUUAUCUGCACAGGCCCAGCAUCCUCUGGCCUCUGCGCCAGGGGGUAAGAGGGAGGAAGCCAGGCUGUCGGGGGCGGGGGAAAGGGCGGGUCGGUCCAGGAGCAGCUCACUUUCUCUUGGAGGUAUCCACCACGACGCCUGACGCCUCCGAGGCUACUCAGGCCUCCUGAGCCCGGGAGGUGGCGCAGCCCAGCUCUGAGGCCCAACGGGACCACCUGGGGCACACUGGCCGAAUUGGACAGUGGAAACGGCCUCCUGACCUGGAUUGACACACCUGACCACACAGCCAGUACCUCCAAGCUGUGGGAACUGCUACAGGGUUAGCAUUCUAUUCUUGGAGUCCAUGUGCCCACCCCAGGCCCAGGCAGAGGUGGGUUCCGCCAUGACUGAGAAGACAGAGAUGGUGUGCACCUCCAGCCCAGCACCUGCUCCUCCCUCUAAGCCGGCUUCACCUGGACCCCUUCCUGCAGAGGAGUUGGACCACAGAAACACGUGCAACCCCUGGUUGCCUCCAGGUGUGCCAGUGAUAAACCUGGGCCACACCAGGCCCACAGGGGCAGCCAUGCCCACCACAGAGCUCAGUGCCUUUCGGCCUUCCUUGCUGCAGCUGGCUGCCUUGGGUACAGCUCCACCCACCUUGGCCCUGCACUACCACCCUCACCCCUUCCUCAACAGUGUCUACAUUGGGCCAGCAGGACCCUUCAGCAUCUUCCCUAACAGCCGACUGAAGCGCAGACCAAGCCAUGGUGAGCUGGACUUGGUUGACGGGCACCAACCCCAGAAGGUGGCUCGGCGAGUGUUCACCAACAGCCGCGAGCGCUGGCGGCAGCAGCACGUUAACGGCGCCUUCGCGGAGCUCAGGAAGCUGCUGCCCACCCACCCGCCCGACCGGAAGCUGAGCAAGAACGAGGUGCUGCGCCUGGCCAUGAAGUACAUCGGCUUCCUGGUGCGGCUGCUGCGAGACCAAGCGGCUGUGCUGGCCUCCGGCCCCAGCGCGCCCGGGUCCCGCAAGCCACCUGCACACCGGGGCGUGGAGGGCAACGCACGCUGCGGGGCCGGACACAGAGUAGAGGCUGCCCGCUCGCAGCCCGUGCUUCCAGGGGACUGCGAUGGCGACCCAAAUGGGUCAGUGCGACCCAUCAAGAUGGAGCAGACGGCCCUGAGUCCUGAGGUGCGGUGACCCAAGGCAGCGGCGCCUCAGCUGCUGCUCAGUGAACUCCUUGUAAAAGGGUCUCAGAUCGCCCAGAUGAGGAAACUUUCUGUAGCUUUGGGAGGGUGACUGGGCGACGCCAGGGGCCCCCCAGACUUUUAAGAAAAAUUUCCCAGAGCCUACUUGAAGUGGCUUUGCCAGUGUCCUCUUGCCAGGGCCGAGACCAGAGAAUCAACAAGGCCAAGUAGCCAUGGGAUCCCAGAAGUCCUGAGGGAGGUAGAGAAAGGUCUGGAAGCCUUCGCACUCCUCACCGGCGCCCCCUGCUGGAGGCGAGAAGACCCUAGCCAAGUGUGUGCAGGACCUACCCCGUGAAGCCCAACUGGUUGUGCUUGAUCCAUGAUCCUGUUAACCGCGGCAAGAAAGACGCAGACACUCUUGCA